CUUGGAUCCAUUGGUGUCUGAAGAACUCGUCUCUAAAGCGGAAUUUCGUCAAAAAUAUCCAUUUAAAAGUUGUAAUGGAUGGCUAACUGAACUGUGUUGAAGUAAUAUUUCUGUGUAUCCAAGUGAAGUGUGACUUCUUUCUCAGGAAUGGAAAAUUCAGAGAUUGCAGAAGAUACAAUGGAGGAGGUACCAGACAUGAAAAUACCUGUAGCGUUUGAAUUCAAGCCAUCUAUUGUUGAAGAUAACAAAAUAGGUGUAUGGACAAAGACGCUUAUUAAGGAAGGUACACUCUAUGGACCGUAUGGAGGUGAAAAGAAGAAAAUACAAGAUCACUGUGAUCCAUACUAUUCUUGGGAGAUACGUGGACCAAAAGGCAGAAGGUUAUUCUGUAUAGAUGCAUCUGAUCCCAAGAAAUCUAAUUGGUUGAGAUAUAUCAAAGUAGCCCGUUACUAUGAAGAACAAAAUAUGGUAGCAAAUCAACAGAACAAACAGAUCUAUUAUAAAACAAUUAAAGACAUUAAACCAGAUGAAGAGCUGCUGUGUUGGUUCAAUAUUCUGUCUGAAACUCAAGCUGAUUCAGAUGCUUCAGAGAGUGGUGAAAACACCAAGAAAGAAAAAACACUGACGGCUGUUAAACCAAAUGUAGAAAUGAGGGCACCAAAGAAAGGCAGUAAACAAAGAAGUUGCAGUAUAUCACCUGGGAAGAAGAAAAAGAUGCGACAGAAAGAAGAGAGAAGUGCUGAUGAAGAUGGAAAAAUGGACAGUGACGAAAAGAUGGAUAAACAAGGUGAAGGAAUUAAAAGAAAGAACAAAAAUUCCAAAGAUUUAUCAACAGUGACAAGUAAAAAAUCUAAAACUGCUCAUCAUGAGAAAGACGGAAAUGAAGAAAAUGAUGAGGAAGAACUGCCUGUGUUGGAUAAAACAACUGAAGAAAUUGAACAAGACGAUGCUACAAAUGGCGAAGAUGGAAAUAUGCCAGUGUUAGAGAAGAUUUCAGCUGACUAUGAUGAGGGUAAUUCCCAGGAUGAAAUGAUGGCAUGCAAACCUUCUAGUGAAAAAUCUAUAGUUGAAGCUGAUAGCACCACUACAGAUGCUGAGGAAAAACGCAAGCAGAACAAAUCUGUUCAGCUAGUGGAUAAUACUGAUCCAGUUGUUGGUGACAGUGAUACAAAACCAAAGAAGACUUACCCCAAGGUGUUUCUACCUCGUCAACUUAAUGAUAAAGGCGAGCCAAUCAUCUAUACUUCUUUCAAGGAUUUUAAAUAUGAAUUAACUGCAAAUGACUUUAUCAAAGGUGAGGGGAAAAAGGCUAUGUACCAGUGCAAGCUUUGUCCGUGUAUUGUAGAAUAUCCACAAAAUUUGAAAAAGCAUUAUUUUAAACGUCAUAUUGAAAAGAAGUUUAAAAAGCUCACCCAAGUUGGCAAGUCUUUGAAAGCUAUUCAGCGCAGGGAGAAGAACAAAACCAGAGCUGUUAGUUCUGAUGCAGAGAUGAAGUCAGCUGAUGAUACAAAUGGAAAAACAAAUGCAGGAAAGGUGGAUAUGAAAGUGGAAGAUGAAGGAAGUGGGGAUGGAAUAAUGGAUGUUGGAGAGAAAGCAAAAAGUGAGACAGAAGUGAAAGAUUCUGUGAUUAGAGCAUCUGAUGAUAAAACAGGAUACCCUUGUAAAGUAUGUGGGAAGGUUUUAAAAUCACCUAAACGACUCAGUAAUCACAUGUCACUGCACCCUAAGCAAAGCAUUAUGGAAUGUACCAAGUGUAAUCGGCAGUUUCUUUGUAAGCAGGGCUUGGAGAGACAUCUGCUAACUCACACCGGUGAGAAACCACAUCGCUGUAAGUACUGUGGGAAGCGGUUCAGUACCACAACUAAUGUCAGAAGGCAUGAACGGUUGCAUUCUAGAGACAAAAAACACCCAUGUGAGAAAUGUCGCAUUAGCUUCAUCCAGGCAAGUGACUUGCAAAGACAUUUACAAAGCAACCAUGGAGAUGUUGAUGACUAUGCAGAUGAAGUACCUACUGAAGAAGAGCUUAAAUACGAUGGUGAAGAUGAGGAGGAAGCAACAGAUGAAAAGAGGGAUAAAUUAAUAAUCGAUGAACCUGAUGAUGAUGAACAUUCAUGUCCAUGGUGCAGGAAGACGUUUGAUAACCCUACUAGUCUGAAGCGACAUGCCAGCCAUGCACAUCGAGGAAUAUACAACAAACCUGAAAAAAAGAGAGUGAAAUAUACCAGACGAACUGUUAGUGAAGGAGAUGAGGAUGAUCCUGAAGGAUAUGUGGAGAUGACAGGUUUAUCUGACAGUAUAUCAGAAAAUCUUAGUAAAUACUUGGAUGGUAAGAUACAGAGCGCUCCAGAGAUCUCAGAUGCUUCUCAGGAAGGUAGUGAAAGCCUCAGGUCAAGACGAAUUAAAAUCACCAGACCAAAAGAUCAUAGUUUAGGAGGUGCCACUUCACAGGGUGGUUCACCGGCUGAUCAUGUAUCUAGAACUUUAAAAACAUCACAAGCUCCUUAUAGUACAGCUACAAGUCCUGAAAAAAGUAUUUUAGGUUCUGUUUUGACAUCCACUAACAAAAGCCGAUUCAUGCCAGCAAUUAAUGAUCAUGUACAACAUUUAGUAACUCCGAAAGAUGAAUCUCCUGCAAGGCAACUACCUCUUCCAACUCAAAAGAAAGGUGGAUUUAGGUCAGUAACCUCGCCACGGAAAGUUGUAAAAAAGAAUUUUGAAACUGUAGAUAUUAUGCAACCACCAAGUGCCCAUACCAGACCACCAUAUAUUGGGAGUUGUGGACCUAAGGAUUGUGGAAUUUUCCACAAGAAAUCUAACACUGUGAGUAAAUCGAGUGAAGAAAAAAUGCCAAAAUCUUCUGAAAAGCAACCAAAGAGUGUAAAAGAAUCUGAUUCAAGAACAUCCCCAAGUUCACCAAAAGCAAUAUCAAAUAUGAACAACCAAAGCAGCCCUGUGAAAGGGUCCAUUGAUCUAUCCUGCCAGAAGAGUCCAGUGUGUGAUGUGAAACCUGCGACCCCAACGAAGGCAGCAAACUAUGAAAGUACCAAUUAUUCCAAGAGACCUGCUUCUGAGUCUGAUGAUGAGGUAUUAGAUCUUAGUGUAAAGCGUCCCAGGAUGGAAGAAAAACCAUUAACCAAAGCAGUUACUAAAAAAACAGACAAAGACGUUUCCCCUUCUACAUCUGCUGAUCAACCUUUAGAUCUCACAUGUUUUUCAAAAUCCAAGACCUUUAUCCCACGUUCUACAAGCAUAUUUAAGGGAAACAUGUCAACAACAUUAACAAAACAUGGUCUGUCAAGUCAAGUUACAACUCUUUAUUCACGAUCAGAGGGUUUGUUAUCUCGUGUUGGUUUAUCACUGGCUAGUCAAAGUCAACAGUGGUCUAAAGAAACAUCAUCAUACAGUAGCUCAAAUCAAGAUAUGUCUGAGAAUUCCAUGAAAAGCCCUACAUCCCCAAGUACAUCUGAAGAUGUGGGAAGCAGCCCAGAAGACAUCACUGCAGAUAUUCUCUUAUCUAGUAGUACUAGAUCAUUUACUUGUAAUGUUUGUUCUACACCAUUCCAAUCAAUGAAAGAUCUUAGUCAGCAUGUUAAAGUUCACAGCGAUGAAUGGAAGUUCAAAUGCGAGUUUUGUAUUCAGCUCUUUAAAGACUCCAACAUUCUGGUUGAGCACAGAUCUAAGAAACACAGAGUUGGCAAAACCUAUGCAUGCUCUGCUUGUAACCGAGAAUUUGGAUAUUUAUCCAACCUAGAGCAACAUCAGGUUGAUGUACAUCCUAACAUCAGAUGCACUUACACAGAGCUUGGGUCUGGAAUACUCAGAAGACACAAUUUUACUGAUCCUUCAAAGUCAACUCCACCUGUAGAAAGCUCACAUCACAUAGGAACAUCCGAACAAAACAGAAUUAGUCAGUUGAUUGAGCAAGCUAAAAGUCAAACUGCACUAAAAUUCUCUCCCAGGAAGGUUGGGAACAGCCUCUCUAAGGAAGCCUCCCCAAGAAAAAUAGUCAAUCCUCAGAGAAAUCAUCCAUUCUUGGGAUUACGUCCCGGUAUUGAUUUGCUUGGUACAGCCACAGUGGAAGAUGCCCAGCAAUACGUGCAGUCUAUGCCAACUAACCAGUGUACCAAGUGUGGAAAGCAAUUCAAUGAUGUUACAGCUUUCCACAAACACAUCUUCUUGUGUGCCGUGAGGAUACAAGAAAAGAAAAAGAAAAGAAAGAAAGGUGGUAGAAAGGGACGGCCACCAAAGACCAGUAAUGAAGAGUUGAUAAAAAGGUAUAUAGCUGCUGGAAUGACUGCUUCAAACAAAUUGAAACGCAGAGCAUUACACCUACAACAGCAGUACAGAACCAAACCACAGCAAAAAUUUUAUAACCCAUUAAAUCAUACCAGACGGAGAGAGAAGUCGGAUGUGUUGGAUACUUACAAAUGCCAGGCUUGUGAAAGGGAGUUCAGUAACAUCACUAAGCUAGAGAGGCACAUGAAAGUAUGCCCUAACCGGGAUCAGCUUAGGAAAGCCACACUGCAGAAGACACUUGAGAGGAUUGGAGAAGGCUAUGAUGAACAGAGUAAACAGUUAUUGCAGCAGCAUAGAUGUCCUCAUUGUACAAGGCAAUUCACAUAUCUUCUAAGUCUGAAGAAACAUGCUGAAAUCUGUACCAUGAAAAAGGAUGGUUCUCCCAUGAAAAAGCUCAAAGAUCUAGGUCAAGUAUUUGGGAAUAUGUCUGCAGAUGGAACAGUACCAGUAAGGAAGAAACGAGUGAAGACUGGUGGUAGAAAGAAAAAGAGUGAAACUGAGAUUGCCGCACAGCAGGUCCUAGAAGGUAAACCAAAGAAAAGACAUUGGAGAAGGAGGAAGAAUAUUGAAGGUGACAAGAAGAUUAAAUCAACUAGUACUGUAACAAGUAUUAGUGAGAACAAACUUGUGAUUGUUGUUAAAACAGGGGGAAAAAUGGGCCACUCUGUCAGGAGUGUGCACACACAGGAUGUCUCAAACAUAGCAAAAAUACCAAAACUUCAGAAUGAAUCCACCAAUGUCAAAACUGAAAAUACAUUAUCAGAUAAUGCAGUCAAGGACAAGUUGUCAGUGGUUGUUAAAGAGGAGAAUGCUGUGGUUAGUCUCGGUGGAAAGGUAACUUAUGCUGUGGAAACAGCCGGAGAGACCUCAGUUGUUCCCUCAAGUGAAAGAGAUGCUGUCCACAUAAUACAACAAACUUCAUAUAUUAAUGAAGAUAAAGUGUUGCCUGUUGAUAAAACCAGAAAAAAAGUAGGACAUAGUGACAAAGGCAUUGUUCCAAAAAUGUCACCUGUUGCUAAAACUGGAGACAAAAUAGGACAUAGUGACAAAGGCAUUGUUUCAAAAAUGUCACCUGUUGCUAAAACUGGAGACAAAAUAGGACAUAGUGACAAAGGCAUUGUUUCAAAAAUGUUAACUGUUGCUAAAACUGGAGACAAAAUAGGACAUAGUGACAAAGGCAUUGUUUCAAAAAUGUUAACUGUUGCUAAAACUGGAGACAAAAUAGGACAUAGUGACAAAGGCAUUGUUUCAAAAAUGUUAACUGUUGCUAAAACUGGAGACAAAAUAGGACAUAGUGACAAAGGCAUUGUUCCAAAAAUGUCACCUGUUGCUAAAACUGGAGACAAAAUAGGACAUAGUGACAAAGGCAUUGUUCCAAAAAUGUCACCUGUUGCUAAAACUGGAGACAAAAUAGGACAUAGUGACAAAGGCAUUGUUUCAAAAAUGUCACCUGUUGCUAAAACUGGAGACAAAAUAGGACAUAGUGACAAAGGCAUUCUUUCAAAAAUGUCAACUGUUGCUAAAACUGGAGACAAAAUAGGACAUAGUGACAAAGGCAUUGUUCCAAAAAUGUCACCUGUUGCUAAAACUGGAGACAAAAUAGGACAUAGUGACAAAGGCAUUGUUUCAAAAAUGUCACCUGUUGCUAAAACUGGAGACAAAAUAGGACAUAGUGACAAAGGCAUUCUUUCAAAAAUGUCAACUGUUGCUAAAACUGGAGACAAAAUAGGACAUAGUGACAAAGGCAUUGUUCCAAAAAUGUCACCUGUUGCUAAAACUGGAGACAAAAUAGGACAUAGUGACAAAGGCAUUGUUUCAAAAAUGUCACCUGUUGCUAAAACUGGAGACAAAAUAGGACAUAGUGACAAAGGCAUUGUUUCAAAAAUGUCACCUGUUGCUAAAACUGGAGACAAAAUAGGACAUAGUGACAAAGGCAUUGUUUCAAAAAUGUCACCUGUUGCUAAAACUGGAGACAAAAUAGGACAUAGUGACAAAGGCAUUCUUUCAAAAAUUUUACUAGAUGCUAAAACUGAUAAAAGCGGAAAAAGUGUUGAAGAUAUUACAAAAUUGUCAACUAUUGCUAAAUCUGAAGUAAAAAUAUCUGACAUUGAAAAAAGCUUUGUACCAAAUGAGUCACAUAUAAUUGGGGAGAAACUAGGACUUGGUCUCAAAAUUGCUGUUUCCAAGACGGGAGAAAAAGUAAUAAGACACAGUAUUGUGAAUAUACCCAAAGUGUCACCUGUGGCAAAAAGUAUGGAAAAGGUUCCAAUCGUUUCACAAAUUGUAAAAAAACUUGCGCCAGCUGCCAAGAGUGAAAAUAAUCCCGAAAGAGUUGUCAAACCUGCAGAAAUAAUCCCUUUAAAAACAUCAACAUCUACAGACAUCUAUAAACCUGUUUCACAUACAGAAAAAUUAACUGUUAAACAAACAAAUAAUACACGUGUUGCUCCAAAUGUUGUGUCGUUAGGUAUUGACGAAACAAUUGAUCCCAGCAAUGAAAAAGCAAUACAAAGUAUACUGGAAACAAAAUUGAGGGAAACGAAAGAAGAUACUGGAAAGUCAUCAACAUGUGCUAUUAAAAGUGGAGAAGCAAUAAAUGAAGAAGAAGAGAAUGAGACAUCAUCUGUUGAUAGCGAUGAGUUGCCUUUGUCAAAACUGAUAGCAUCAUCAGCAUCCAAAGUAAAAGCUGAUCAGGUGGAUAUGAAAAAAGAUUGA